AUGACAUUUACUCAGUACAGUCAUCUGCCGAUUCGUGGACGGACAGAAACGAGAGAGAAACCCUAUCUGAACGACCUUUGUAAUCUGAGAAUUGUAGCUAACAGCGAAUUGACGGUAAACCCGCGUACGCACACAGAUGAAAAACGGUACCGAUGUGAUGUCUGUCAUAAGUCGUUUACUCAAAACAGCCAUCUGACUGUACACAAGCGGACUCAUACGGGUGAAAGACCGUACCGAUGUAAUGUUUGCAAUAAGUUGUUCACUCAAAACAGCCAUCUGACUAUACACAAGCGAACGCAUACGGGUGAAAAACCCUACGCAUGUGAGAUAUGUGACAAGAAGUUGAUCUGUAAGAGUGCACUGACUAUACACCGUCGGAUGCAUACGGGUGAAAAACCGUACCGUUGUGAAAUGUGCGAUAAGUCGUUCUCUCAAAGCAGCAAUCUCAAUACACACUGGCGGACGCAUACCGGUGAAGAACCCUACGCAUGUGAGAUAUGUGACAAGAAGUUGAUCAGUAAUAGUGCACUGACUGAACACCGACGGAUGCAUACGGGUGAAAAAAACGCACAAGUGUGA